AUUUAUGUGAAAAAAAUGGAGGAACCACCGGUUUAUACCUGCAGAAAAUUUAUUUCUUUGUAUAUUGAUGAUUCGGAAGAAGAAAAUAACAAAAUUUGUGGAUUUCACCUGACACGGUCCCCUUGGGAUCCUUAUCCUUGGAUAAGUUAUGUCGAACCUGGGAGCAUUGCGGAUAAAUCGGGUCUUAGAUCUGGAGAUUGCUUAUUGGACAUAAAUAACGCAGACAUAGUCGGCCUUAGAGUAAAAGAAAUCGCAUCGUUAAUAAAACGCGAACCUGGCGAAACGAUAAAUCUUCAAGUAUGGCGCCACUGCGCAGAAACAGCUGACGAGACUUCAGAAUUUGGCGUUGCAGUAUCAGGACCCUUACCGACUUUAGCAAGAAAAUUAGCCAAGGCAGUUUCUGGAACCGUGAAGGCUUUAGAGUGCCCGAUUUGUCUAGAAACGGCAUCAGCGCCAGUGUCUCAGUGCGUGCAUGGCCACAUUUUGUGUUCGAAUUGCCGCCAAAAAACUCCUCGCUGCCCCAUCUGCAGGAUUAGGUUAGGCCAAGGUCGUUGUCUCGUCGCAGACCAAAUCCAACGGAACAUCCGCGACGCCUACGAAGAAGACAUCUCAAGAUUAAUUGCCCGAGCUACAGCAAAUGGCGAAGCUGUAAAUUCGUCGCUCAGAGAAAAAUUGUUUGGAAAAUCGGUCGGUAAGGACUCGGUCGGUAAAAAAGAGCAUCCUGGAUUACCGGCUGCGAUGAAGACUCGACUCGCGCGCCUCCUAGGUGGCUUCGACAAAGCUGCCUCUGCGGAUAAUUUAGCCACAGAAGAUCCAAAAUAUUUGAGCCCGUCAGCGCCCUCACCAGCCUUUCGGCGGCUCGGGGAACUAUUUACUGGUGACAGAACUAAAUCUGCGAGUACCGGAGAGCUUAGAGCUGAUUUGUCCGGUUCCGAGAACCACAAGGCCCGGGAACCUCAAUUAAGCAAGUUUUAUACUAACUCUGGGUAUUUAAGUGUUCCUGCCCCCUCGACGCCAUGUUGGGGUGGUUCUAUGGACUCUGUUAUAAACUCUUUUCCCUGUCCGUUGAGUUCCAAGGUCACAUGCUACGAACCGGUUAAUUGUGAAAAUUUUAUUGAGCAUCUAGGAAAAAAUCAUCAGGUUGUUCAGGUUCAUUUUUUUGGGCCUAAAGUUACUAUACCUGUUCCUCUAGAGUUCCAAUGUGAUACUCUUUUUAUUAUACAUUGUUCCAAUGAUUUAUUUUUUUUUCAUGUAAGUAGUUUUCUUUUAAAAUAA